UCAAACACAAACAACACCAAAACAGCCAGGCAGCCAUCACGAUGAAGGUCAUCGUCACCGGAUGUACCGGCCUGGUCGGUAGCGCGCUGGUACGCCAGUGCGCCGCCAACGACAGGAUUUCGCAUGUGUUUGCGUUGACCCGGAAGCCGCUACCCGAGGCCGUCGCCCAAAGCCCGAAAGUGACAGUCAUUCUCCACAGCGAUUUCUCCACGUACCCGCCCGAGCUGUUGGACCAGCUCGCCGGAGCCGAGGGCUGUUUAUGGGCCAUCGGCGGGCGCGCGACCCAGUUCCCUGACGUCGAGACCUGCAGAAGAGUGCAGGUGGACUACACGCUGGCCGCCGCCAGGGCCUUCCUGGAGCAUCUCGCGCCGCAGCUCCCGGAGGGAAAGCAGUUCCGCUUCGUGUUCUGCAGCGGAAAGUUUGCCGAAUGGGACCAGAAGAAGGCCCUCUAUUUCAUGGCCGACACUCGCCGCAUCAAGGGGCAAGUGGAGCAGAGCCUCUGCGAAAUCGCAGAUGGGGACGCGACGAAGCGAUUUGUCGUCUACUGCGCCCGGCCCAGCGGCAUUCUCCCUCCGGAUGCAGGUUUAGCGCUCAGGCUCCCCGGCAAGCUGUAUGGUGCCAUCGAAGUCGACCAUCUUGCCAGGGCCUUUAUCCGUAUCCUACUCGAAGGCUGGAAGGAGAGGAUUGUCGAGAAUGACCAGUUGCUGCAGCUUUGAUUCGUACCUCUAUGGACCGAUCUAGUCUCUCAUCUAAUGAUGGAUACGGUUGUCGGUACAUGUACUCGUAAAGCGUUUGUGUUGGAUAUCAAUGGCUUUUUCUCCGUGGGUGUGCUCGAGGGUCUCGUUUGCCUCUAGGGCUAUGGACCGCCUCCCCUCGCUGUGGUUCGGCGCUGGGGCGAACGUCGUCUGCAGCCAACGUUUGAAUCUUGGGCGCUGCCAGACGGCGCAUUGAUCCGAACUAUUGUCAAGCUGAACACAUCUACAAGUUCUCAUAGCGAGCAUCACUACCAGCAGUUUGCAACCUUUAUGUCUAAGGCCAAAGCUAAGCAUAAUAAUAGCACCAUGAGCAAUGUACAACGGAGGGACCCGGGAACUCGAGUGUGAGUAGGUAAAGCCGGUUUCCCGCCGGCGGAGCUUUGCUACAAA